UUUGGUUUCAACCUUGAAAAAUUUUUCAGUUUGUAUCGUCCUCCACUUCAUGCACUUUUCAUUACUUUGUUUCCUCAACCAUUUAAAUGAAUAAACACAGCUUUGUAGCUUCCAAGUUCCAACACAAAAAUUUUCUUUCUCUUUUUUUUUUUAAAAAAACGGAGAAAACAAAGUUUCAUUUGGUUUUGAAGUUUGAUGUUUUUGUAUUUUCCCUUCUUGUCUUCUAGCAUCUUCUCCCCUUCUUAGAAACCCAAAUAACUCCACUCACAUUUCUAUUCUGAAUGAGAAAUUCUGGAAACUGAAGAUCCCAAAUAUUGUUUAGUUCUUUUUAUUGUUUACUUAACUGUGGACCAGGUGACUAAUGGUUUUCAUUAGCUUAUUAUAAUUUAUAAACAUAUCAAAGAAUGGAAAAGCUGAUCCAAAGUUCUAAAAUUUUCCAGUUUCAACUUUAGACACCAAAAAACGUUUGAUAUCCCACUGUAAAAGGUGUAUGAUAUUCCACUGAAUUAGAAAAUAACAAUAUCAAGUCUCAACUACUGAAGUUCAUCGAAAAACUUACUGUAAUUCGGUUCUUCAGUAGUUUUUUUUUUCAUUCAUCUCUUGCCUUCUUUCUUCGUCUUAGAGAAUGGUAGGAAGCAUUACCGGAACAGUUACCAAUGCUCACUCGAACAGUAACGGUAACGGUAACGGAUCUGUUCAGAACUUGAAUUGCUUAGAGGAGAAGCUUGAGGAGCUACGCAGCCUUCUUGGAAAAUCCAACAGUGACCCGCUGAAAAUCGUUAGCGUCGGAGCUGGCGCCUGGGGAAGUGUCUUCGCGGCAUUGCUUCAAGAUUCGUACGGACAAUUCCGGGAGAAGGUUCAGAUCAGGAUAUGGAGAAGGCCGGGCAGGGCGGUGGACAGGGCCACGGCGGAGCAUCUUUUUGAAGUAAUAAACUCGAGAGAGGACGUUUUGCGGCGGUUGAUCCGGCGCUGCGCGUACCUUAAGUACGUGGAGGCGAGGCUUGGUGACAGGACUUUGCUUGCAGAUGAGAUUCUAAAAGAUGGAUUCUGUUUGAACAUGAUUGAAACUCCUCUUUGCCCCUUGAAAGUUGUAACUAACUUGCAGGAAGCUGUUUGGGACGCUGAUAUUGUUGUCAAUGGCUUGCCUUCUACCGAGACACGCGAGAUUUUCGAAGAGAUUAGUAAGUAUUGGAAGGAGAGGAUCACAAUGCCUGUCAUAAUCUCUCUUUCAAAGGGUAUAGAGGCUGCACUCGAUCCUCUUCCGCAUAUUAUAACUCCAACCAAAAUGAUUAGCCAAGCAACUGGAUUGCCUAUGGAGAACAUACUUUAUCUUGGGGGUCCAAAUAUAGCAUCUGAAAUCUACAACAAGGAGUAUGCUAAUGCUCGCAUAUGUGGUGCUGAGAAAUGGAGGAAACCUCUGGCAAAGUUCCUAAGACAACCUCAUUUUAUAGUCUGGGACAACAGUGACCUUAUCACUCAUGAAGUCAUGGGUGGCUUGAAAAAUGUAUAUGCAAUUGGGGCAGGAAUGGUAGCUGCCCUUACAAAUGAGAGUGCGACAAGUAAAUCCGUAUACUUCGCACAUUGCACAUCGGAGAUGAUAUUUAUCACUCAUUUGUUGGCUGAAGAACCUGAGAAACUCGCAGGGCCAUUAUUAGCUGACACUUAUGUGACUUUGUUAAAAGGGCGUAAUGCAUGGUAUGGCCAGAUGCUUGCUAAGGGCGCAUUAAGCCCAGACAUGGGUGACAGCAUUAGUGGCAAAGGAAUGAUUCAGGGUGUUUCUGCAGUGAAGGCAUUCUUUGAACUUCUGAGCCAAUCAAGCUUGAAUGUGUUGCACCCUGAAGAAAACAAACCUGUUGCCCCUGUUGAGCUCUGCCCAAUCCUCAAGACAUUAUAUAAGAUAUUGAUAUCAAGGGAACAAUCAUCACAAGCUAUUCUCCAGGCCCUGAGGGAUGAGAAUCUUAAUGAUCCCCGUGAACGCAUUGAGAUUGCACAAAGCCAUGUCUUUUAUAGGCCUUCACUUCUUGGAAAACCAUGAUUGUUUUAUGUAAAGAAGGAGGUGAGGAGGGGGAUUGGGUUUUGGGUGCAUGUAUCCAUAAGCAAGAAGAAUUUGUCAAGGAAAUUUUUUGAUCGGUCUAGAUGUAUUAGUUUGAAGAUAGCAAUCAAUUUUAUCCCUGAGUUUUGACUCACUAAUUAAUUUGGUAUGUAUUUUUAUAACGACUAAACUUUUUAAAGUGGUCUUUGAGAUU